CUAAUACCAAUUAUUACUACACGAUAACAUACACAUAUAUUAAUGUCCUUUACAAAAGAUGAAAAGACCGAUGUAGGGUAUAUACCCGAUUCUUCGAGUGCCGCAUAUGAAGCAGACUUUGAAUUCGCCAAAGAGGGCUACGACGUGGAUCGUUCAAAGGGUGGCAGCACCAUGUACGCAUAUUACAACGUUGUUUGUAUUGUCGCUGGCACGGGCUUGUUGGGCCUUUCACGGGCUCUGAGUCAAGGUGGUUGGGCCGGUCUCGUCAUGCUCUUACUAGCAUGGUGGAUGUCAAGUUAUACUGCCGUUAUUUUGCAAACGUGCAUGUACAAAGGCAAACACAGACGAUUGGCGUCUUACAAGGAAGUUGCAACCGAGGCGUUCGGUGCCAUUGGAGGCUGGAUCUCCUUCUUCUUCUCUACCUGGAUCUAUAUCGGCACACCGCUUCUCUAUACGGUGCUUUCGGCCGCCAAUAUCAACCAACUCUGUGAAGGCACAGCUGGUGAAAUCGGUACCAUCCCAUGGACCAUCAUUUUCUGCGGUGUGAUUGGUAUCCCAUACAUCUUUUUAAAGUCAAUGAACAACGUCGCAUGGACCAGUUUUGUCGGUAUCAUUGCCAUCUUUGGCACCAUCAUCAUUACAAUGGUUUUGGCCGGUAUUGAUGCUCCCAACCAUGUCGAUAGCCACAAAGACAAUGUCAUCUGGGAUGGUUUCCCCAUCGCUCUUGCUACUAUUUCGUUCAGUUUCGGCGGUAGUGUCGCAUACCCCAACAUGGAGGCCGCCAUGAAGAACCCCAAGCGAUGGCCUCUUGCAGUCGUUACCGGUCUGGCUACUUGCGCCGUCAUGUACAUUGCUAUUGCUGUCUGUGGCUACUAUAUCUACGGUAAUGAGGUCGUCAACCCGGUCUACAACAGUGUUCCCCCAGGCGCCGCACGUACUGUUGCCAUCGUCUUUAUCACAUUCAACAUUCUUGUCUCUGCCCCCAUCUUGCUCGUCUCUUUUGCCCUCGACGUCGAAGACAUGCUCAACGUCACGGUCGAACGUCUCGGCAAAAAGAAGGAAUUUAUCAUUCGGCUUUGUCUGCGCACGGCCAUCAUGGUCUUUAUCGGUGUCGUUGGUAUCGUGAUCCCAUUCUUUGACUUGUUAAUGUCCUUGAUUGGCGCCUUUGCCAAUUGCCUCAUCAUUCUUGUCUUCCCCGUCUUAUUUUACUGGCGCUUGACCGGUUUCCGCAACAAGAAGUUCUAUAUCUUGGCAUGGCACGGUCUGAUCAUCCUCGUCGGUCUCGUCGGUCUUAUCUUUGGUACUUGGACUGCCAUUGAAGAUCUGAUCGAUCGUUUUGGUGACGAUUUUGAAUACAGCCUUUAA